AUUAAGAGAUCAAACUAGCAUUAAUAGUCUUCCAGACCACAUACUACGUAAAGUCUUGAAUUACCUGGAUAUAAGAAGUCUAUGUAGGAGUUCACAGGUGUGUCAGAGGUGGAGAUACUUGUGUCAAGAUGGCAGUAUAUGGAAGAAAAGGCUCAGAAUGAUAGGUCUCAGUGAAGGGAUUGUCAAUCUGCCAAGGAAGAUAGAAACUCUUGCAAAGAAUCAGCAUGUUGACUGGAAGCAGGCUUACUUGGAAGUCAGGAAUUUUUAUAAUAAGGGCAUGACAACAACACUUGUAGAACAGCAAGGAGUGCCUACUGACAAGGAAAUUAAGGAUGAAAAGAUUGGGGAACCGUUGUUGUUGUUUUCUUCAGCUCCACCACAGCAAACCAUACAGAGAUUGCAACAAACACCCGAUAAACCAGACUCACCAAGUGGACAUGARCUAGUUGACAUUCUUAUUGUAAAAACCAUGAAUAACAUUGGUCCUGUCCAAACACCUACAACUGCUGACCAGCUUCAACGUAAAGCAGAGUUUGAAAGCAAAGCUGAGGAUCAGAAUGACCUGACUGGAGGUAACCUGAAAAUGCUUGCUAAAAGCUUAAGACUUUUGUUAAAGCAGAAAGAUGAGCCAGAAGAAGAGGUGGCAUUGGAUAUUAGACCAGCUUUAGUACAAGCAUCAAACUUAUUGGUGAGUUCUAAUCUUAUAUCAAGAGAUUGUUUGUUUUURUACCAUUAUUACAUCAAAUACAGUUGUACAUACUUAUUAAAAGGGAAUAAYGCAGUACCAACACAGUCAGUCAAGUAUUUCUUUCUGUACAUUUAUAACAUGAAUCUGAUCUUGUUUAUAUCGAUCUAA